GCAAAAUACAGAAACCUAACCAACAAAACCCUGAUUCCAACGUUGCAAACUUACUCAUUCCGUUUCGACAAAGUAACCUUUGGCAACAUUGCAAUUAGACGUCAAAAUCAAAAUAAAUAAAAAACAAAUAAGCUUAUAUUUUCGGUUUUUAAAUAUUGAGGAAAUGUCCGAUAAGAUUUUCCCCAAAAACGAGGAAAACGAAGAACCGGAUCCUCGGCCCAGUAGUAGGAGCUUGGCACUAGAUUUAGGAGACGAUUGUGUUCACAACAUUGAAACAAAUAGGUUAGGAGGUGCUGCAGGAGCAGAAUGUCCUAGUACUAGUGGUACUAACACCAAAAGAGACGAAAAUCCUUUUUCCUUUAAACACUUUUUAAGAGACCCUGCCAGUACUAGUAGCAACAACUAUCAAUCUUUAGGGGCCAGGCCUAAAGUUUACAAUAAUAGAGAAAAUAGAUCUAGGCAAGUAGAACCUAGAAAAAUCAACGAAAUCUCCUCUGCAUUACCCGACUUUGUACAAGAUCAUUUAGUCAUUGAACAAUGCUAUAACUUGGACUGGCCCAAUUUUGCUCAAGGAGAUCCCAACAAUGAACCAAAACUAGAAGAACCCAUCCCACUAGAUUUACCAGGUUUAUCAACGAAAAGCCUACCAGAUUUUCUCACAGAUGGUCCUGUAAGAACAACUGAACCUCCUACAACAAUUGAACCUCCAAGAUGUCCAAAUUGUUUAGAAUUAACUACAGAAUUAGCCAACUUGAGACAAAGAUUAAACAGAACUGAAGAGGAUGUUGAUAGGAAUUAUAGAAGAGCCAAUGCAGCUGAAACAGCCUUGGCAAGACUGAAACAAGAAACCAGAAGUUAUAAGGAUCAAAUCAGGCAUUUGCAAGCAAAUGUUGGAGGAGAAGAUGUUUCUUUGCCCUUGCAAGCUCGCAGAUUGGCUCAGGAGUUGAGAAGUGCUGCCAGUACUGCUGAGCAUUCUUUAAGGUCUUUACUCACAGGUGUUGAUAAUCUACGUAUUAUGGCUUCAAAUUUGGAAAAUAUUAAUAGGAUAGAAGAGAAUCCUUCAGAAAGGUUCUAUGAUGAUGUUUGAUUAUUCAAAUGAAAUUUGAAAUAUUUUUCUAUUGUAUUUUACUAUUAUAAGCAGUAUUUUGUAAAAUUUUCUCACUCAUCUAUAUACUCUGUGUGUAUAUAGUUUUAUUUAUUGUGUAAUGAUUAAUAAAAUGUUAUUAAUUGUCAAAA